UCCUCCCAUCAUGGCGGUUAAUGUUGAUCUGUGUGCAUUGUGAAUGUUUAUUUUGGUUAGAGUGUUUUUAUCUGGCUAAACUUGUGCUAUUGUCGAGAGCUAUAAUAGAAAACUCGUGUUAUUGUAUGAGCAUAAAUUAAAAGUUCUUCGGAGUUGUUAAGGUGCUGGAAUAAUUUUAAAGAAUACAGACCCAAAGCUGUAAACUAUGUAUGAAUCAGUGAGUAGUGCAUAGCACUGAUGGAUCCUGUGGGGCCUUGGACAGCUGCCUAUGCUGCUAGCUACAACAGGCUGGCCGGUGCGGCUGGGAGUGGAGGGGAGUUCCCUCACCAUCUGGCCACGGCAGGGCCUCCCACCUCACCCCCCUCCACAACCUCGCAGCUUCUGCUACAGGCCGGGGCUCCACCUGCCUUCAAUCCUGGAGGCUUCUUGUCGCCUCCACCAGUCGGCUACGAUAGUGUAUUCACCCCAUUCCUUCAUCAUGCCAACCAGAAGGCUCACUACACACAGGCACUGAAUGCAGCACAACACAGGCAAGCCAUUGCCAACUCCAAGCAGAGCGCAGAGGGUGAUACGCUCAGAGAAAAUUAUAAUCCUGUACACCACCAAACUCUCCCUCCAAAUCCGGCUUUCUUUGAUCAGGCUUCAUCCACCUGGUCUCAUCAGAACAAUGCUCAGCUGCCGAGCCCUUUCGGGAUUUUACCUCAUGAAAGUGUUGUGGGAAGUAGUCCAGGUGCGCCGGGCACAAAAUUGACAACCGCAUAUGAAAAUUUUAAUGCAGCUCACUUUGCAGCUGCUCAACAAACAUUAAAUCACAUUAAUUCCCAGUUGGUUGCAGCGAGUUAUGGUGAUACGACAAAAAGAAUUGUUCCUAGACCAGCGCAGUCACCACCUCCAUCGAAUCCUACCACCACUCCAAAUGUCACAUCAGGUUCAAGUUACUUUCAGCAGAACCCACCAGGUAGUUACUCCAGAUCUGAUAAUCCUUCAAGUCAAUUUUCUGCAGGCAAAACUCAAGCUAUAACUUCUAAAUCUGACUAUCCCACAAACACAAAAGCCUAUUCUAAUUCAAGCGUAUCUGGACCGUCUCAACCGACAUCAAAAAAUUCUGUACAUCUGCCUCAAGCGAGAGGAGCGACCUCUUCUGCAGUUUUCCCAUUAGGAAUCCAAGACAAACAAGCAAUCAGAUCUGCAGGAUUUCAAUCACCGACCUCAAAAAAUGUAGGAAAUAACUCGGCUCUGUCGAGUAAACUUCCAGAAAGGAGAGACAGUUCACAUGAACCUACUCAGUCGUCACCUAUUAGUUAUGCCAUGAUGGACUCUGCUCAGCACAGAUCAGCCACGUCAAGGGCAGGGAGCAUUCAGCAAUCACAACUUCAACAGCAACUUCUUAACCACCAAAAAACAAACUCUUACAGAAGUUUUUCGUCCAGCACUGGAUCCACUCCUGAGUCAGAAUACGGACAAGGGACCGGUCAUCGCAAUGUACCAUCAGAUGGGGGCUACUCCUCUAGCUCUAGUGUUGGACAAAACGGAUCUGACUGUAAUAAUUUGCAGAGAAGUCCUCUGAAUCAUUCUCAGCCGAGUCCACUGGGUCAUGUGACUAGUCCUGCUGCUUACCCUAUGUAUCAUAGUCCCAUGACUUCCAUGUCUUCUCCUUCUCCGGUGCAACAACAUCCAGAUCAAAACGGUAGUUACAAACAGAACCCGUCUCCCAAAGUGGCCCCCCAUUCUCCACUAGAUGCAUCUGUCACAAAGCCAUCAUCGGUUGGGCAAGUAGGCUAUUCAUCUGUCAUUACAAGAAAUGAUCAGAAUUAUCCUAAUGAAAGAAAUAUGGAAUACCCUGCAAAACAAUGUUGGGAAGGGGCAGAGCAACAGUUGAGAAAUCCUGCUGCCAAGUAUCCGGGUUAUCCUGGAGCUGAUGUUCAACGCCAACGUGGUAUCCUAGGAUUGUCAGAGCGACAACAAGCUUAUUUUGAUUCCUCUUCCAGUCAACAUUUGACAGAUACUAAAGGUGAUCCUAUGAGUAUUGUCAAAAACCUACAAACAUUACAACAACAGUGCCAAGCUCCUGUGAACCCCGCAGCCCUGACAGAUGUUAAACCCACUGUUGCAAUCCCGAAGCCUCCUUCUAAAGGUGCAGCCAGAAGGAAAAAGAGUGUAGAAAUAAAAACAGAGACAAAGAGCUCUGAGUAUAUUGGUAGGGUUCCUCCACCCGCUCACUUGAAUACCAACCAACCACAACAAAACGGUGGCUAUACAGAAUUUGAAAGGUGGAAUUUGCCGGCAUCUCACAAAAUGUUUGGUGCAAAUCCAGGAAGUUCAGUCCCUCAGAAUACUCUGCAUAGUAGUGGUAACUAUCCUAAUCCAGGAUUGAUUUCACAUCCCAACCAACAUACUGCCUCUCAUUCCCCAUACUAUCAAUCAACUCAACAUCUACCAUCUUCACAGCAAAACUGUUCAGAUCCACAAAAUUGUACCGAGACAUCAGUACAAAUCAGCAACAGUGAAGUAGAAACACCGACUGUUGGAGAGGCACCAGUAGCUAAAGUCAUUGUUCCUGAUGUGGAAGAAGAGUUGGGAUUUCUCGCUGAAAUACCUGUAACAAGUUCUAAGUCAUUUGAAGAUAAACCAGCAUCAUCCGAAAUAAAGCCUGUCAUUCCAUUUUCAAAUCCAAAUUCAAGUUUUAUGGCCAGUUUCAUAAAAUUUUUACAGGGUGAAAAGGAGUCAUCCCCACCUCCAAAACGGAAACCUAUAAAACCAACUUAUAUUCCUGUUUCCAAAACAAAAACCGAAAUAAAUGAUUCCAAAAAGAAUUCCAAACCCAAACGUAAAUCUUCACCUUCUCCAACACUUGAUUUUGAAGAUGAUCCUAGAUAUUUUCCCCUCCCAAAAGAUCCUUCCAGUAGGAAGCUGGAGACAUCUAGUGAUUCAGAUUGUGACGAUUUAUCUCUUGAAUCACGUAUCAGCAGGUCAAAAUCAAGAUCUAAAAGUAGACGGAGGACUGGUUCGAGAAAGUCAAGCAAGCGUAGAGAUUCUGUAUCCACUCGAAAACCCAAGAAAAGACAAAAAAAUUCUUCAGAUGAGGAAGAAGAAGAAGCAGAAGAAUUGCCUAGGAGAAACACAUCAACAAGGAAAGCCAAGGAGAAGAUUUCACGGUUGCAAGAUGACAAUGAGUUCUCAGAUCCUAGCCUGUCUGGUUCCGACCAGGAAUGGACUCCUGCAGAGAAAAAGGAAUCAGACAGUGAUAAGUCUGGCAGAAGAAGAAGUCUUAGGGGAAAACAGAAGCCACAGCCUAAAGUCAAAAAGCCUCCACCUUCCCGAUUCCUGGAAUCUUCUGAUGAAGAGACCAAUGCAGCUCUUGUAGCCGCUAUGAAGGAGAGUGGAGAAAUGUGUGCAGUGUGCAGUUCAGCUUUUGAAGACCCAAAAGACGCAAUGAAAUGUAGUAAUUGUGGAAAGUCGUACCACCCAGGUUGUUGCAGUCUACAGUCGGCACAGAAGCUCAAGAAACGUACCACUUGGAAAUGUGACGAGUGUAGACCGCCUUCUGCUGUACGAAAUGAGAAAUCUACAAAGAGGACCAGUGGUCCGAAGAGAGGGCGGAGAGUAAUCAAGCCCGAUGAAGAGGACGUAACCAAUGAUGGCGAUGAAUAUUUUCCCUUCAAGGUAAAUUAUAUUAAGUUCUCUUAUUAAUAUUUCAUCUGAAAUGAAUUCCAGAUUUACUAUUUAAUAUGACCAGAGAUUUGAAUAAAGUCCUG